AUGCAUAUCUCAGCCGAGAAGAAGGAGGAGCUGAUUAAGAAGUUGGACGAGUUUUUCGCCAGAACUGUUGAAAUCUCUCCAUCAGAGGCUAAUGUAUUCCGACAACUCUAUCGGCAAUUUCUGGAAGAAACACACUAUAUUGAUUGGAACAGCUGGAAGUUUAUUGCUGAUGAUGUGCAAAGAAAUCAUGCGGAUCUAGCGAGUUUUGACCCAACCAGAAAAGACGUUCUUGAUCGCUUGGUUGUGGUAAAAUUGAAUGGAGGGCUUGGUACGACAAUGGGUUGCGAUGGACCAAAGUCUUUUAUAAAAGUUAAGGAGAACUUGUCCUUUUUGGAUAUUGCCAGACAACAGCAUGAGACAUUUUGUCAAUCAAAAUGUCCGCGAAUAUGGGCUGAUACGCUCCUGCCAGUUGAAGGCACGGAUACAAAUCAAGAGUGGUAUCCUCCUGGACAUGGAAACAUCUUCCAAGCAUUGAGUGCAUCUGGGGUUUUGGAUGAGUUGCUAGGCCAAGGUAAAGUAAUAACCACAUCAGUACUAAGAAAAGUGUUAUAA